AUGUGCCAGCCAUGCGCCAACAUCAUCAUCGAGGAUCCCACGAAGAGGUGUAUGUUCAACACCACGAACUGCAUGAACGUGGGGCCUGGCGAAAGCUGCGAAAUUGACUGCGCUUCGCCUUUUGUGCGAGUGGGAAACACCAGCACCGGCUCCUGUGCGGCUGGGAACAGCGUCCCGAAUCGGAUGCUGGUUUGGCAAGAGCCCACCUGCGUUUGCCCAGAACCAGUGCCGCAGCAGGGCUACGCGAAGGACAGCAACGGCCAUUGGCAUUGCACCCAGGGCUUCGCCGGCAUGCCGGAAAUUGUCUGCCAGCCACUGCCAGGUUGUUCCGGAGUGCAGACCUUUCUACGCGGCUGCGACAAACUGCUUCCUUGCGCGAUGCCUUCUGUAGACAACUGUAGGUUCGACGUCUCCCGCUGUACCCAAGUGCCGCCUGGAGGAAGCUGUGAGAUCCAUUGCCAGCGGCCGCUGACUGGAAAUCACACUGUGGCGGUAUGCAAGGACCUCAACACGGAUCCGUUGCAGGAGUUGGAGUAUUUUCCGCUCACCUGCCUGCUUGAGUCGUGUCCUGACCCGUCUCCCUGGCCCAUGGGUUAUAACAAGACCCCGGAUGGCAGGUGGGCCUGCGCAAACGGCUAUAAUGGCACCGCUCGGAAUCGGUGUGAGCUCAGUGACACGUGGACUUCAGACUGCUCAGCAGCAGCAGCUUUGACUGGUUGCAGACCAGUUGUGCCCUGCUUGGCUCCCACGGUUACUGGGACCGAGUUUUGUGCGCUCGAUUUUUCAGCUUGCACUUCGGUGGAGCCUGGCGAGCAGUGUGAGGUCCACUGCAAGAACCCCUACACUGGAGCCAAGACGGAGGCCUACUGCCCACAUGGGAACACGAAUCCCAACGGCUUAAUUUGGACGCGACCUCCCUGUGUCCUCGAGACCUGCGACGAGCCAGGGACCGUCCCUGCCGGGUUUCGACGUGUCAAUGACCAGUGGGAGUGCGCCCAGAGCUAUACUGGCUUCGCCCAGAAGGUCUGUGAGAUGACUGACAGCUGCGAGGUUAGAGCGGUGCUUCAGGGCUGUGCCCAGCUGGUGCCUUGCCAGGGCGCGCAAUCUGACUGCCGCUACGAUAUGUACGGCUGUGUCAGUGUGCAGCCGGGCUCCACCUGCCAGGUCCGAUGCCAGGUUCCGUUUGCUGGAACUCAGACCACAGCGACGUGCCUGCAGGGCAACACGGCUGCGGAUGGCCUGGUUUGGACACCGCCGGUCUGCACGAUUGACACCUGCUCGGACCCACCUGAUGGCAACGGCUAUCAGAAGGUGGAAGGCGUGUGGGAGUGUGCUGCAGGGUAUUCUGGGGUGGUCACCAAGACCUGCCAGUGGAUUGAGGAUGCAUGCCAAGCCAGCCCAGUGCUUUCGGGCUGUGUGCGGGAAUCGCCGUGCCGUCUCCCGGACCUUGGUGACAGGCCUUGCAUGUACGAUACCUCAGAAUGUGGAAGUGUGGAGCCUGGAAACGUGUGCAGCAUCCGUUGCCAGGCUCCGUACCUGGGCGAGCAGAGGGACUUCACCUGUCCAGUGGCGAACACGGAUCCCAUGACUCCGCUGCAGGGUACGCUACCUGUCUGUGGUUGUGCCGAGGCAAACCCUAUUCCGCCGGGCUACAACGUGACUCGAGACCAGAUCGCAAACACCAUUACCUUCGCCUGUGCGACGGGAUAUGCAGGUGUUGCGCAAAAGGUUUGCCUACCUGGAGAUGGUCCAGAAUGUACCGUGGACCCGCUCAUGACAGGUUGUGCCAUUCCCUUGGUUUGCGAGGCCAUGUUUGUCGACGAUGGCUCCGGAGGGGGCCUGGCGCGUGGGCACAUUCAUUUUGGCCCAGCCUUGGUGGGCGCAGCCGUUGACGAGGCAGAUGUCUUGCGGUACGAGGUCUACUGGGCAGACAGCUGCGAAGAUCGGGUAGGGCAACAGGCGCUCGGGACAUCGGUUUCUGGCCUGGGCGAUGCCUGCUGUAGGAGUGAUGUCUACAGCGUGAGGAUAGAUAGCGAGAAACCAAGCACUGCGAUGGGCUUCGUGGUCUACUCGGUCAUGGACUCCGGCCUGGCUCCGGUCGGCGUCUUCGUCCCGAUGAACUCUAGCCUUCUGGAUCGUGCGAUCAUCUCCAGCAAUGCGGUGGUGACUUCUCCAGCUGUCCUCCUCCUCCUGGCUGCCUUUCUGGCGCUGUGUUAA